AUGCGGUUUCAUACCGUAGGACUUGGUCCCAUAGGCUCUCUCAUCACCCACCACCUGAAAUCCAGCAUUGGUCCUACCGACACGGUCACUAUUAUCCGUAGGAACUCCAGACAGGCACGCGAAUUUGGCGAGCUGUUUGGAAACACUAUCCGCGUUGAACACCAUGGCAUUCCUUCCGUCUCGACGGGUUACUUUUGCCAGAUACCAAAUCCAUCACUUUCACAUUCUCCGCUUGCACAGGAAACAUCGGAGGAUAUCAUCGACUCACUAAUAGUCACCAUGAAAACAUAUCACACAUUUCCUAUGAUGCGCAUGCUUUCAUCACGUCUGACCUCCGCCUCCACUAUCCUUCUUCUGCAAAAUGGUAUGGGGAUGUACGAAGAACUCGUACAGCGUAUAUUUAGCGACCCCCGAGAGCGUCCCAAUUUUAUCCUUGCAACUAGCACCCAUAGGGCGCACACGAACCACGCUCUAUGUGAUAUCAUCCAUACACACGCAGGCGAGCUCGCCUUCGGGAUCAUUCCGAACGACACCAAUAAGGAUUUCGAUGCCGGUUUUUACGAUAAAUCAGUUCCUCUAUUCGACCGCAAAGGUCGGCUCUCAGACAUCGUAUCAUCCCCUUCCGAUCCCUACUAUAACCGCAACAGAACACUCCGGGACACCGUGGAGACACUUCUGAAAAUGAAGUCUCUCAACCCAUCAUGGAAACCCCUCCCAGAGAUUCAGACAAACUUGCGAUGCAAUCUCGCUUUACGCUCUGUGGUCGAUCCCCUCACCGCUCUUCUCAACUGUCGAAAUGGACAGCUUCUCCACUCUCCUUCGUUUCGCACCAUCACACGCCGGGUCACUUCUGAGGCUUCCCGAACAUUUGCUGCAGAGAUAGAUGCCCAUCUCAAAAUGGCUCAUUCCGAGGAUGGGGAGGAGGAUGACCCAGCCUCACGUACUAUUCUCCCACGAAAGUUGCAACCGCUUUCGCUGGAGGAGGAUGUCCUCAAGUAUGUGCUGGACACUAAAGGCCAUAUUUCGCCUAUGUUAUCAGAUAUAAGAGGAGGAAAACCUACGGAGAUCCUAAAUCUAAACGGACACCUUCUUAAAAUGGCUUCGCAGUACAAGAUAUACGUACCUUGGACGGCGCUACUGCUGGAGUUGGUCCAGACGCGCAGUGCUAUACCGUUGGAUCAAAUGUUGUGA